CUGUGUACAUGUCUCCAAUGGCGCUCCAGGCAUCCACGCCUUCCGCGUUCCGCGCGUCCCCGGCCACCGCCCACGCUUCCUGCCGGCGGCAGGUACGGCGGCAGUUCCAGGUGCGCGCGAGCGCGGCGGCGAAGAGCAGCAGCGUCGGCGCCGACGACGGGAAGAUGAUGGUCCCGAAGGAAGAGCCGAGCUCGAGCCCCUGGAAGGUGGACUUCUCCGGCGAGAAGCCGGCGACGCCGCUGCUGGACACGGUGAACUACCCGGCCCACAUGAAGAACCUCACCACCCUGGAGCUGGAGCAGCUGGCGGCGGAGCUCCGCGCGGAGGUGGUGCACACGGUGUCCAAGACCGGCGGCCACCUGAGCUCCAGCCUGGGCGUGGUGGAGCUCGCCGUGGCGCUCCACCACGUGUUCGACACCCCCGACGACAAGAUCAUCUGGGACGUCGGGCACCAGGCGUACCCGCACAAGAUCCUCACCGGCCGCCGCUCCCGGAUGCACACCCUCCGGCAGACCUCCGGCCUGGCGGGGUUCCCGAAGCGCGACGAGAGCCCGCACGACGCGUUCGGCGCCGGCCACAGCUCCACCAGCAUCUCGGCGGCGCUGGGCAUGGCGGUGGCGCGGGACCUCCUCGGCCGCAACAACCACGUCAUCUCCGUCAUCGGCGACGGGGCCAUGACCGCCGGCCAGGCCUACGAGGCCAUGAACAACUCCGGCUACCUCGACGCCAACAUGAUCGUCGUCCUCAACGACAACAAGCAGGUGUCCCUCCCCACCGCCACGCUCGACGGGCCCUCCAAGCCCGUCGGCGCGCUCAGCCGCGCGCUCACCAGGCUCCAGUCCAGCACCAAGCUCCGCCGCCUCCGCGAGGCCGCCAAGGCCGUCACCAAGCAGAUCGGCGGUCCGGCGCACGACGUCGCCGCCAAGGUCGACGAGUACGCUCGCGGCAUGAUCUCCGCCUCGGGAUCCACGCUCUUCGAGGAGCUCGGCCUCUACUACAUCGGCCCCGUCGACGGCCACAACGUCGAGGAUCUCGUCACCAUCUUCGAGAAGGUGAAGGCCAUGCCGGCGCCGGGGCCCGUGCUCAUCCACAUCGUGACGGAGAAGGGCAAGGGGUACCCGCCGGCGGAGGCGGCGGCCGACCGGAUGCACGGUGUCGUCAAGUUCGAUCCGGCGACAGGGAGGCAGUUCAAAUCUAAGUCCCCAACGCUGCCUUACACGCAGUACUUCGCCGAGUCGCUGAUCCGGGAGGCAGAGGCCGACGACAAGGUGGUGGCGAUCCACGCCGCCAUGGGCGGCGGCACGGGGCUCAACCACUUCCAGAAGCGGUUCCCGGAGCGGUGCUUCGACGUCGGCAUCGCCGAGCAGCACGCCGUGACGUUCGCCGCCGGGCUCGCCGCCGAGGGGCUCAAGCCUUUUUGCGCCAUCUACUCCUCCUUCCUCCAGCGGGGGUACGACCAGGUGGUCCACGACGUGGACCUUCAGAGGCUGCCGGUGCGGUUCGCGCUCGACCGGGCGGGGCUCGUCGGCGCUGACGGCCCCACGCACUGCGGCGCCUUCGACGUCGCCUACAUGGCGUGCCUCCCGAACAUGGUGGUCAUGGCACCGGCCGACGAGUCCGAGCUGAUGCACAUGGUAGCCACCGCCACCGCCAUCGACGACCGGCCCAGCUGCUUCCGCUUCCCGCGGGGCAACGGCAUCGGCGCCGCCCUCCCGCCGGGGAACAAGGGCUCGCCGCUGGAGAUCGGCAAGGGCCGGGUGCUCGUCGGCGGCAACCGGGUGGCGCUCCUCGGAUACGGGUCCAUGGUUCAGGCCUGCCUCAAGGCCGCCGAGGCGCUCAAGGAGCACAACGUGUACAUCACCGUCGCCGACGCGCGGUUCUGCAAGCCGCUGGACACGGGGCUGAUCCGGGAGCUCGCCGCCGAGCACGAGGUGCUCAUCACCGCCGAGGAGGGCUCCAUCGGCGGGUUCGGCUCCCACGUCGCGCACUACCUCAGCCUCGCCGGCCUACUCGACGGGAACCUCAAACUGAGAUCCAUGUUCCUGCCGGACCGGUACAUCGACCACGGCGCGCCGCAGGACCAGAUGGAGGAGGCGGGGCUGACGCCACGGCACAUCGCCGCCACCGUGCUGUCCCUGCUGGGGAGGCCAUUGGAGGCAAUGCAGCUCAAGUGAGCGACCGACGACGACGAUUGCUUAGUUCAUCCGUAACCUUGCAUCACACACCAUCAUCACCAACAGAUCAUAAAUAAAAAGCAAAAUAGAAAUGAGAUUGGCGUGGAGAUCUUCAUGCCGGUCGCUGCUACCUCCAUCGUCCCUGACCUAGAAUCACAUGCCCACAUGGAUCUGUCUCAAAGGCUAGUAGUCCCUAGGUAGAAGAAGCCAAGCAGGCCAUGUCCCAUGUGUGUAGGUGAUCCUUGGCAUGUUGCAACGCUUCCAAACGCAGGAGGAUAAGGGGGAGGGAGCAGCGAUUGAUGCCGUGGCCUUCACCUUGCUUGAUUCCUGGAGCAGUGUUGGUGGAUGCCCUUCUCGACCCCACCAGCUGGUGAUCUUGUCAGUGACAGGCAUGCAUGGCCCCACUUGUCAGCUGAUCUUGCUAGUUUUUUGUUUUAUAUUUUUUUAUAGGAUGCAUGAGAAGACAAGCAUAUGUAAACAAGUAAAAAAAAACUAUGUGAUAAUAUUGAUACGAGAAAGAUGGAUGAGUACACUAGCUUUGUCUGGUGAGAAAGAGUCA